AUGGCUGGAUGCCAUUGUGAGAUGGCUGGAUGCCAAUGUGAGAUGGCUGGAUGCCAAUGUGAGAUGGCUGGAUGCCAAUGUGAGAUGGCUGGAUGCCAAUGUGAGAUGGCUGGAUGCCAAUGUGAGAUGGCUGGGUGGAACAACCCUCUUGGGGAUCGACAGAUCCGCGAGCCACCGUGGGGAGGGACCCACUGGGCGAGCGACAAAACCCCAGACGCGACAAGCGACAACUAA